GGAAUUCCCAAACGAAAUAACGGAAUUAUCAAUAUUAAAAAUGAGGAUGAUCAUUGCUUUGAAUAUUGUAAUCUUGCAGAACUUUUCCCAGCACAACAUAAUCGAGAACGAGUUUCUUGGUAUACUCCCCACUUAGGAGAACCAGCACAACAUUAUUGUUUAAUUCAAGGAAGAGAUGGCUUAGGAAAAUUAGCAGGAUAUACAACAAAGCAUUGUCGAAAGUUAUAUGUUUGUGAUUAUUGCGUAAGUCACCGAACCCAUGACCCCAAGAUUGAUGCUCAACAUAUGGAAGAUUGUGAAGGAAUUAAUACCCCAGUACAAAGAACGGAAAUGCCAAAGGAAGAUUCAGAGACUCUCUCCGAACUUAAGGAAAAAAAUCAAGGUUCAAAAACAACAGCGAUCCAGGAACACAAAGUUAUAUCAUUUAAUUAUAUAAUUAAGCGUAGUGAUGGCAAGACCAAAGCACCAGUAAAAAUCAGAGGUGAUGAUCCAGCUGGAGAUUUCAUUAAAGCAAUGGAAGAGGAAAAUAAGCAAUGUCAAGACUUUCUUGCAGGAGGUCAUGUAAUUCGAAAAUCUGCAACAGAAUUAAUCAGAAUGUUGCAAUCAGGAAUAAUAGCAGAAGAGAUAGCAGAAGAUUAUAUUAACCACAUUAGCAUAUUUCAAACAUGGAAAUUAGCCAAAAUUAAACUCGCUUCUAGUAAAGAAUACGAGAAAUUAAUACAACUUAAACAUUAUUUAAAAGGUCUUCACCUAGCUCAUAGAAAAGAUGCCCUUGGAGAAUACGAAGUAUAUCAACCAACAAGAUACGCCUCUGAGGAUUCAGACUCUGAAUUCGAAGAGGAAGCUUCUACCGAAUAUGAACCACCAAUCAUUCAUUUUAUUUCUUCGAAACAAGAGAGUAAACUGCAAGUGAGAGUAAUGAUGAUUGGAGCUUGUGGAGGAGGCAAUGUGUUUCUUGCUUCUGUCAAGGGAAAAAAAUUGCUCGGGACGAUACUGCUUCCUGAAAUAGAUCUUAAGGGGAAUACGUUCUCUCAAGAGGCUCUCACCCCUAUUCCUGAUAAAAACUGUUUCUUCUAUACGCUCGAGUCGGAUCCUAGCGUAAUUGUUGUCCCGUGCAAUUAUGACGUUAAUGACGACAGAUGUUUUGUUUGGACAAAGUCUUUGUUUCAACACGUUGAAGCCGAAUGCGUUAUAAUUUUAGACGUGUUUACUGCUUCCUCUUUCAUUACGUCUAAUCGACUGGAUGAACAGACGGCUAGAUAUCCGCCGUUUGUUAGGUUGUUACAAACUAGUGCAGCGAACAAGACUGUAGACGCCCCUUCCUAUGAAGCACCUAAUCUUGCACGUAAUUUGACAGCUGCCAUAUUAAAUCAUUGUGAAAUACGCAACACUCCUGCAUAUGCUCUCUUCAGUAUCCAAGAUAGUCGACACGGAAAGACCAUUACAACUUACGAUACGCUCGAAGCCUAUAAAUCAGUCCUCUCUUUAUUAUUACCUGGAACCAAAUUGCUAACAGACGUUGAUCGAUUGCAUGAAUCUAAAAGGGCCUCUCCUUUAUAUCUGUAA